CUCCCCCUGCUCUAGGAGGGCAAACGCGGGUUGCAGGCAAAUUCCUGGUCCAGUGCUGGCCAGAAAUGGCUGCAAGUGGCCGAGGCCUCUGCAGGGCCCUGAGUGCCUCUCCCUGCCCUGCUCGGAGACACGCUCACUGGGAAGCCAAGGCACGCCUGAAGCCAGAGUAUGACGCGGUGGUGAUAGGAGCAGGUCACAACGGGCUGGUGGCGGCGGCCUACCUGCAGAGACUGGGGGUGAGCACGGCAGUCUUUGAGAGGCGCCAUGUGAUCGGGGGCGCGGCUGUGACGGAGGAGAUCAUUCCAGGGUUCAAGUUCUCCCGAGCAUCCUACCUUCUCAGCCUGCUGAGGCCACAGAUUUACACGGACCUGGAGCUGAAGAAACAUGGCCUGAAGCUCCACCUUCGAAACCCCCACUCCUUCACCCCCCUGCUGGAAGAAGGCACAGGGAGCAGGCUACCCAGGUCCCUACUCCUGGGCACCGACAUGGCGGAAAACCAGAAGCAGAUCGCCCAGUUCUCACAGAAGGAUGCCCAGGCUUUUCCCCAGUAUGAGGACUUCAUACAUCGCUUGGCACUAGCCAUUGACCCCCUGCUGGACGCAGCCCCGGUGGACGUGGAGGCCUUCCGGCAGGGGUCCCUGCUGCAGAGGCUCAAGUCACUGGCCACCCUCGCGCCCCUGCUGCAGGCGGGCCGCACCCUGGGAGCCCGGCUGCCCCAGUACUACCAGGUGCUCACUGCUCCGAUGACCAAGGUGCUGGAUCAGUGGUUUGAGUCCGAGCCUCUGAAAGCCACUCUAGCAACAGAUGCUGUGAUCGGAGCCAUGACAAGUCCCCACACUCCGGGGAGUGGGUAUGUGCUGCUGCAUCACAUGAUGGGGGGCCUGGAGGGGACGCAGGGGGCCUGGGGCUACGUCCAGGGUGGCAUGGGUGCCCUCUCUGAUGCCAUCGCCAGCUCAGCCACUGCACACGGAGCAAGUAUCUUCACUGAAAAGCCUGUGGCGAAGGUGCAGGUGAGCAGUGGAGGAAGCGUUCAAGGAGUUGUGCUGCGAGAUGGCUCAGAGGUGAGGAGCAAGGUGGUGCUGUCCAAUGCUUCGCCGCAGAUCACCUUCCUGAAGCUGACGCCGCAGGAGUGGCUUCCUGAGGAGUUCGUGGAGAGGAUCUCUCAGCUGGACACCCAGUCGCCUGUCACCAAGAUCAACGUGGCCGUCAACAGGCUGCCUGACUUCCUGGCAGCCCCCAACGCUCCCGGGGGCCAGCCGCUGCCCCAUCACCAGUGCUCCAUCCACCUGAACUGUGAGGACACCCACCUGCUCCAUCAGGCCUUUGAGGAUGCGGCGGAUGGCCGGCCCUCCCGCAGGCCGAUGAUUGAGCUCUGCAUACCCUCCUCGCUGGACCCCACCCUGGCUCCGCCCGGCUGCCACGUGGUCUCCCUCUUCACGCAGUACACGCCCUACACCCUGGCUGGAGGCAAAGUCUGGGACGAGCAGGAGAGAAAUGCUUAUGCAGACAGAGUGUUUGACUGUGUCGAGGCCUACGCCCCUGGCUUCAAGGGCUCCGUGGUGGGCAGAGACGUCCUCACACCCUCGGAUUUGGAGAGAAUCUUUGGGCUUCCUGGAGGGAACAUCUUCCACGGCGCCAUGACGCUGGACCAGCUCUACUUCGCCCGCCCUGUGCCCCUGCACGCCAGCUACCGCUGCCCCCUCCGGGGCCUGUACCUCUGCGGAAGCGGGGCCCACCCUGGAGGUGGUGUCAUGGGAGCUGCUGGACGCAACGCAGCUCGUGUUGUCUUCGGGGACCUCAAGAGCAUGUGACCCUGAAUCAGGAAGAAGAAUCCACCCUUGAGCUUUGAAGUCUGCACUGGGUCCUCUACCCAGGCUAUAGCCCAAGGGAAACUAGUCCUCAAAGCUAAAACGACUAUUUUAGAAAAACAUUCAAGUUGCAUUUGGUACUGAUUAACCUUGUAGCCAUGUCUUCAUGAAUGAAUUGCUUUUGUUUUAUUAAAAAUAAUGUUUUAG